AAAUAAAAUAAGCAGGAAAAAAAAAACUCUGUGCCUACGUCACCGAAACGUCACCGGUAACAAACAAACAAACAGCAGGAAGCUGCCGGCGCCAUGGAGGGCUCAAAGUCUUCUAGCACCACGAUGCAGGUGAGCUUUGUGUGUCAGCGCUGCAGUCAGCCACUGAAACUGGACACGUCCUUUAACGUCCUGGACCGGGGGACCAUCCAGGAGCUUAUCGCUCCACUGGUCACCGUAACACCUAGUAAACAAACAGAAAGCAGUGAUGCUGACAGCCCCCCUGAGGAAACAUUUGUGGAGAGCAAGCAGGAUGGAGUUUCAAGGAAAUAUAUCCCACCUGCGAGGAUGAUGUCUACAGAAAGUGCAAACAGCUUCACUCUCAUUGGAGAGGCCUCAGAUGGGGGUACCAUGGAGAACCUGAGCCGCAGGCUAAAGGUUACAAGUGAUCUGUUUGACAUCAUGUCGGGUCACACCGAUGUGGACCACCCGCUGUGCGAAGAGUGUACGGACACACUGCUGGACCACCUGGAUACACAGCUCAACAUCACUGAAAAUGAGUGCCAGAACUACAAGAACUGUCUGGAGCUGCUGUCUCAGCUGCAGGAGGAGGACGAGGGCUCGCUGCUGAACGAGCUGCAGCAGCUCAAGCAGGAGGAAGAGGCACUGAUCCAGAAGCUGGAGGCCAUCGAGGAGCAGCGGGAGGCCGUGGCCAGGGACCUGUCCGAGGCCCGCACCCACACCCAGCAGCUGGACACAGAGGAGCUGCAGUAUCAGAAAGAGUACUGUGAGUUCAAGCGGCAGCAGCUGGAGCUGGAUGACGAAUUGAAGAGCGUAGAUAACCAGAUGCGUUAUUGUCAGGCCCAGCUGGACAGGCUAAAAAAGACCAAUGUCUUCAACGCAACCUUCCAUAUCUGGCACAGUGGGCAGUUCGGAACGAUAAAUAACUUCCGUCUUGGCCGUUUACCCAGCGUGCCUGUGGAAUGGAAUGAGAUUAACGCAGCCUGGGGCCAGACUGUGCUUCUCCUGCAUGCUCUUGCCAACAAGAUGGGCCUUCGUUUCCAGAGAUAUCGACUAGUUCCAUAUGGAAACCACUCCUACUUGGAAUCCCUUACAGACAAAUCCAAGGAGUUACCAUUGUAUUGCUCCGGUGGUCUGCGCUUCUUUUGGGAUAACAAAUUUGACCAUGCAAUGGUGGCCUUUUUGGAUUGUGUCCAGCAGUUUAAAGAGGAGGUUGAGAAGGGCGACACCGGCUUCUGCCUACCAUACAGAAUGGACGUGGAUAAGGGAAAGAUAGAGGACACGGGUGGCAGCGGAGGAUCCUACUCCAUAAAGACUCAGUUUAAUUCGGAGGAGCAGUGGACCAAAGCCCUGAAGUUCAUGCUUACCAACCUCAAAUGGGGCUUGGCCUGGGUCUCCUCCCAGUUCUACAACCGCUAAAGCAGGACCAGCCUCCCAGAGGCCCACCGCUUCUCCACAGUUUGUCAUAAACGUGUGCCUCUGUAUGCUUGGAAGAAGCUCGGAAGAUGUUCACGUUCUUGUGGAUUUCAAACAGUAACUGGAAAUGUCAGAAUUACAAAUCACAAGCAGAUGGAUGGCUCUCCAGCUUCAUAAUUACAUGGGGAGAAAUCAUUUAGAUGCCCAAGCAGUUAUUACACAUCAUAGCCAGCUCCCGUAUUAUAGUAUCCAGUAAUUUCGUUAUCAAGCCACAGGUAAACACUUUUACUGUUACUUCCGUCGUUUGUACCUAAUGGUCUUGUGUGCGGAGGUACUGUUCCUGGAAGGUGGAUACACUUAUCCACUCCCAUCGUUCUCCAUUGUCCAUUGAGAUGCUGCAUGGAUGUCUUAUCAACUGCGAAGAACAGGAAACAGUUGUGUUAAAGUGACUUACAAGACUGAAUGUUUGGUGGUUUCAUGAUGGUAAAUAAUGGUUAAUGCUGGACUAGCCUAAACCGUGAGUACACAACUUGAUUCGUAAAGAGCCUCUACAUGCCCAACUUUACUGAUUUCUCAAUGGUUUUUCUUGGUUAGUCAGUGAUGUUUUGGCCAAAUACAGUUGAAACAAUAUUCCAGCUGCAGUGACUUAUCUCAGACUUGCUUGUGUGGUUUCUGACAUACAGUUGUGUGUAAAGAUAGACAAAAACUGCAAAAACAGGUGUGCUUACUUGACACAAAUGGAGGCAAGUUAGGCAUAUUUAGCAUGGAGCAAAUUGGUGAUAUGCUUUUUAUUAGCUACAUUAGCUUGCAGCACUAGUGUAAAGCUAAAAAAGAAGCGAACAUCCUCACUUAGAAAUGGUUUAAAUGAUUUUGAGCUGAACUUUUGCUUUAGGCCAAAAACUAAGCCUGUCUAAUUGGACAAGAGAUGGACAUUUCUACUGGACAAACUUUAGACCCAAGUUAACUAAGUUUAUUAAGAAAUCUUGCUUUGCAAAAUAUCGUCAGGGAUACCCAGUCCAUUUCUUUUUCCCUCCUGCAAGGUUUAGUUUCAGCCCUGAUGACCAGGGGUGCCCAGUCGUUGUCCUGGAGAGUUCAGAUCCAACACACAAUGCUCAGAUGUCCCUGAAGGCCUUCAUUACCUGGACCAGAUGUGUUUGAUUAGGGCUGGAGCUAAACUGUGCAGAGUGGUAGAUCUCCAGGACCAUUGGGCAACCCUGACUUAAGUAUUCUGGUAGAUGCUAGAUCCAAACCCUGUCCUGCAUAGUUUAGUUCCAACCUGUGUCCAAUAAGCGGCUUUGCGCUUUCCCCAACACUAACACAUCUAAUCCAGCCAAUUUGGGACUUGGGAGGAGGUUGAUUAGCUGGUGCAGGUGUGGUGGAUUGUGGUUGGAAAUGAGCUGAGGCAGCUCUGUGGAACUGGGGCUGGAGACCACUGCAUUAGUAUCUGUAGGUGGUGUUGGAUUAGGCUUAGAACUGACCUCUGCAGAGCAGAUCUGAAGGAGCACAAUUUUGGCACCUUUGCUUUAUACCAGUGGUCACCAACCCUCCUCCUGGAGAUCUCCUUUUCUGGAGUAUUGAGUUCCAGCCUGCAUCUAACACGCUGCUUUGUGUGUGGAGGGUAGUUUUUAAUCUUCAGUGAUCAAGUAUACAAAUUGCCACUGUCUUAACAAAACCUGUCUACAAGAUAAAACUUUAUAGAAGACAACUAAAUUGUAAUAUACAAAAUGUAAAACUAAUUUCUAGAACAUUUCUGUUGGUCCAUUCAUUGUAAAAUGACGGCAGCAAAUGCUAUUGUCACCAGGGAUCCACCAAUAUAGCAACUGUGAGCUGGUGUCAUACACUAAUGCAUAAACAUAUUAAAUUGUAGAAAGUAAAUCCGUAAAAUGAAUAAAAUGCUGAUGUUUUUGCACAGCAGCCUAAUGUUGCCUAAACACUUUGCUCUGCCAGAGUACAGCAGUCACCAAGUAUCAAGAUUGAAAGUGACAAAAUCUAUACAUCAGUCCGAUAUGGACAGCAAAACACACAUAUACACCGAUAUAGAUCUGAUUUCAGUAUCAAUGUACAUUUCUAAUGAUCAGUUAUCUGUUAAAACUCUGUUUCUAACAAACAGUGAGUGUUCCCGGUCACGGAGUUUGCACAGUGAGUCAGCUAGUUGGGUAGAAGAUGUGUCAUUUUCCUUAUUUACAUGUUUUCCUCUCAAUUCUUGACUACAAUAUUGCAUAAAUGAAAACUUUCUGUGCUCACUUUGUUUCACCUUUUAAUACACAAGUAUUAAACUUUCUGAAUUUUGA